AUGCCAACCAUUCUGAUAACUACGAGCCCAGAGGAGUUCCUCCUCGAUCGCCCAUGCCCUACACUCUUUCCUUGUCACCUACGGCAAUGGUGCAUCAAGGCAGAAAGAAUAGCUACGGAUCUAGAUGAUAUCAGCGUACGAAGCCACACAGUGGAACUUGUAGGCGAAAGAGCCAUGGCGGCACACGAAGAAUCAUCCGAUGAUGAAGAAGAAAUGUGCACCAUCAUCCGGGAUAACUUUGUAGGGUUUAUUACUAGUUGCGAGCUUCGAAUGAAUGGGUGGGACCAGCACAAGAAACGAAGAAGAAGACACAACAACCGCCGCAACAGCAUGGCAAGUACAUGCACCGUACAAUCAGCAGGGACAAUUGCCACACUCACAUCAUGCGGCGCGCACUCAUAG